GCGAAAAUCCGCGAAUUCAUGCUGUUAAACUGAAGUGUGGUGGAAGUAGGGUUUAACCAUUCAAAGACGCAUUCAUACGUUUUGAAAUGGAGUGCCUAAUUGGUAUCCAGGGAAAGGACUUUGUUCUUGUCGCUUCUGACAUGAUUUCUGGCAGAAGUAUCAUGUCCAUGAAACAAGAUUAUGACAAGAUGUUCAAACUCAAUGAUCACCUUUUGAUGUUGGCAAGUGGUGAACCUGGAGAUACUGUACAGUUUGCAGAAUACAUUGGAAAAAACAUUCAGCUAUAUAAAAUGAGAAAUGGUUAUGAGCUUUCACCCCAUGCUGCAGCUAAUUUCACAAGGAAAAAUCUGGCCGAUUUUUUAAGGAGUCAGACUCCAUACAUGGUUAAUCUCCUGUUGGCUGGUUAUGACAAAGGUGAUGGGCCUUCUCUGUAUUAUAUGGAUUAUUUGGCAUCUCUGAACAAAAUCCCAUAUGCUGUCCAUGGUUAUGGUGGAUUCUUCACCCUGUCCAUCAUGGACCGGCAUUACAAGGAAGAUUUAUCAAAGGAGGAAGCGAUGAAACUCCUACAAAUGUGUAUUACAGAGAUAAGCCGAAGAUUCAUCGUCAAUCUACCUAGUUUCAAAGUGAGGCUGGUGGACAAGGACGGUGUCCAUGACUUGUCGUCCAUGUCACCAACUGUGUAGUCACUAUUGUCCAUCUAUUUAUGCUCCUGUUAAUAUGAAUGAAGAUGGCUUGUGCUCAUCUCUAGAACUUGGUGUAAGGCUCCAUUUGUAAAAACAAACCACAAUGAAAAUGAGAAAGAUAGUGUUUGAGAUGUUGAGAACAAGGUAACAGGAAUGGAUCUGCACUUUGACAGUGUUAAGUGUUAAAGGUUGUGCAGUAUCUUGAUGUGAUUUUGUCGGACAAGACACUUGAAUCAGAGCGAACACUGGGAGUACUUCAAACAGCCAUUGAAAUACCUAUUCAUAACAGUUUUGCAGUUCUUAUUCAGACUGGGAAAUGUUUAUAUACAUGAUGGACGGACAUGUGCAUUCUUAAGACAUGUUCAUCAUAUUUUAUUAAAAUGCAAACAUAUAA